AUGGCUUCUUCUUUUCUGGCUUCUAGCCUUUUUCUUGGUUCUUCGAGAAUUGCCGGUUCUUCUCUGUCGUCCGAUCUUUCUAAGCUCCAUGGCUCCUCAGUUCAGACCUCUAUCCGCUCACCUAUCCCUAAGAAACUCAAAAUAAAUGCUGCCGGAAGUACGUACGGAAACUAUUUUAGAGUAACAACGUAUGGAGAGUCACAUGGAGGCGGUGUUGGUUGUGUAAUAGAUGGAUGUCCUCCGCGCAUUCCGCUGUCUGAAGCUGAUCUUCAGUUUGAUCUCGAUAGAAGGAGGCCAGGUCAGAGCCGAAUCACGAAUCCGAGAAAAGAGACAGAAACCUGUAAAAUAUACUCUGGUGUCUCGGAAGGAGUGACUACCGGAACUCCUAUUCAUGUAUUCGUGCCGAAUACGGAUCAGAAGGAAAAAGAUUGUAGUGAAAUGUCAGUGGCUUACAGGCCUUCACAUGCAGAUGCAACUUAUGACAUGAAGUAUGGAGUUAGAUCAAUUCAGGGUGGGGGUAGAUCUUCAUCAAGAGAAGCAAUCGGAAGAGUUGCAGCUGGAGCUAUUGCAAAGAAAAUUCUUAAACUCUAUGCAGGAACCGAGAUUCUUGCUUAUGUCUCUCAAAUCCACAAGGUUAGACUUCCAGGAGGUCUAGUUAAUCACUACUCUCUUACACUUGAUCAGAUAGAGAGUAAUAUCAUCAGAUGUCCGGUUCCUGAAUAUGCAGAGGAUAUGAUAGCCGCCAUUGAAGCUGUCCGAGUGACAGGUGAUUCUGUUGGUGGCAUUGUCACAUGUAUUGCGAGGAAUGUACCACGUGGGCUUGGUUCACCAGUCUUUGACAAACUUGAAGCUGAGCUUGGUAAAGCUGUUUUGUCACUACCUGCAGCAAAGUGCUUUGAAUCUGGAAGUGGCUAUGCGGGUGUUUUUAUGACUGGGAGUGAACAUAAUGAUGAGUUUUACACAGACGAACAUGGAAGAAUCCGAACAAGAACCAAUCGUUCUGGUGGGAUACAGGGAGGAAUAUCGAAUGGCGAAAUUAUAAAGCUGACAACAGCUUUCAAGCCAGCAUCUACAAUAGGAAGGAUGCAGCAUACAGUUACUAGAGAUAAAAAGGAGACAGAACUAAGAGCUGGCGGUCGCCAUGAUCCCUGCGUUGUCCCACAAGCAGUGGUACCAAUGGUGGAAGCUAUGGUGGCCCUGGUGCUUCUGGACCAGUUAAUGGCACAAUACUCACAAGGUCAUCUAUUUCCAAUCAAUUCAGAGCUACAAGAACCCUUGACAAUGAUAAGGCUUCAAGAAACGAACGAGUCUGGCAAGCCCAAUGACAAGUCUGAGAGUCCGAUAAGUGACAAUUCUCUGUAA